AGUAUAAUUGUCAAAGAUGCUAUUGGUAGGACUGUGAAAAUCUUAUCAGGCUAGAGGAUUCUGGAACCCAAGACUAGAACAUAUGUUGCACACCUUAAAAUUCAAAUCUAAUUCAUAAUUUCUGAAUCCUUGUAGCCAUGUCUGAAGUCAGCAUUCCUAUAGUUGAUGAGAGCGAGAUAGAACUAGAGAGCCUUCCAAUAGGUAGGGGAGGAUAUGGUACAGUAUACAGAGGAAAACACAGAGAAUAUGGUCAUGUUGCAGUGAAAACCUUGAUAAACUAUGGACAACUGCCAAAAAAGCAUUUAAAUGUGCUGCAAGCAGAGGCCAAGAAGUUAAUGGAGUUCUGUGAACAUGAUGGUAUUCUUCAUUUAUAUGGCCUGAUAAUGCAGAGAGACAAUUACUCCCUCAUUUUAGAGUAUAUGCCCCUCGGGAGUCUCAUUGAUUUCCGUAAGCAAUUCUCCCCUCAGUUCCCCCUGUAUGUGAGGUUUCUGAUGGAGGUCUCGUCCGCCAUGGAUUUCCUUCAUUCUCACAAACCCACCAUUCUUCACCUGGAUCUAAAGGCAGAUAAUAUUUUACUGGAUGGUGGUAUGCAUGCUAAGGUGUCCGACUUUGGUUUAUCUGAAUGGAAAACUGUGACAAUGACAGCCACCAGACGAACUGACCAAUCAGAUUCCAGUGGGCGUCGCUGUACAGUGUCACAUGUUCCUCCGGAGGUGUGGAGCAAUAUAAACACACCCCCUGACAGGUUUUAUGACAUCUACAGCUUUGCAAUCUGUGUCUGGGAGAUGUUGACAGGAGCUGUCCCCUAUGGAAAUGCUCGAGAUGACUUGAUUCGGUCAGCAGUGUUAAGUGGACAGCGACCAGACUUCAGUCUUAUACCUACUGGUUGUCCCCCAUUUCUGACAAACUUAAUGACCAGAUGCUGGCACCAAAAACCUGUACAGAGACCUUCAUUUGGAAAUUUAAAAAAGGAAAUUGAGGAACAAUUUAAUAAAGAAUUCAAACAUGACUUAGUUACUGCCAUGAAAAAUGUUCGAAGAGAAAUAAAGGAAUCUUUUGCACCAGAUGAUUUAACUUACAUAUACACCAAUCACAUUGAUCAUCUGAAUGAACCACAACCAGCUCAGAACACUUCUCCAAAGCAGCUUGGUUCAGGUCAAAGUUCAUCAGCAUCCACAAAUACGUCUGCUUCCACAAGUUCACAAGAACAGUCCACUUCACAAGGCCCUCAGUCAUCAGAAUCCAUGGAAACGGAAGACGAGGGCCCAGUACAAUCAGUGUUGUUUAAAAAAGAAUCGGAGAUGUCAAGUGCUGAAAAGACGUUUAGGAAAAUAUUGCGUGACCCUCUCGCUUUACUUGUAGCUCGUACUGAUUACUGUAAUAACUUCUUUAGCCUUGAUCCUAAGUAUAAAGCAAUAUUGAAUGAUGAUAAAAAAUUAAAACAAUAUUUAGAUGAGGAUGAGUUAUUUAAAAAGGAAAUUUUGUGUCCUGGAAAUGACUUUUGGGGAAAUAUAAGUGGAACGCAUUUGCGGAUGGCAAGGGAAAGAGGACGGGCAUGGAAAGAAGCAAAUGCAAAGGAACUGGACAACAUAGCGCGGGCAGGACGAUACGGUAAAACUGACAGCUGGAAUCAUAGAAACCAAGAAACUUCACGAACGGAACGCAGAAGGAGAGUGGAGAAAACAUUUGGGGAUCAUCCACAUAUCACUGAACUAAAGAAAGGUGGAAACUACUACAGAGUGAAAAAAGCAUUGGAAAAUCCUAGGAUGUUUGAAACGCUAUUACGAAGCAACAACGAAGCCCCAGAAAGUAAUCCUUUGAGUCUUACGACCUUAGACCCAGAGGUCAUCAAACUAGCUAAAGAUCCUGUCCUCCUUCUGGCCCUGCUACACACAGAGUAUAGUCUCCUUAGUGAAAUGAUGAAGCCUGAAAAUCAGGAGUUGUUGAUGAAAGUCAUUGGGGAUGCCAAACAGAAAUAUCCUUUACCAGGGGGAGGGUAUAUAACAAAGCCAGGCAGCAGUAGGCGGGGGUAUCCGAUGGGGAUGUUUCCUGACCGUGACAUGAUGAUGAUGAUGGACAUGAUGGGGGGUCCUGACCCUAUGAUGAUGAGGAGACACAUGAUGGACAGUGACGAAGAUGAAGAGGACUACCCCACAAUGGGGGGAGGAGGAUUAAGGGGGAUCCACAGACUCAAAGAAAUGUUCAAACCUUCUAGAAAAGGUCCAAUGAACAUCAUGAGAAAUAUGGCUAAAACUAAAGAUAAGGAAAAAAAGGAAGCUAUGAGCAUGGGGGAACAGUCUAUAAAUAGGGAUAUAUUUUCAAGGAAAAGACAUCUCUUUUCUCCAUUGUCAAGAAUGUCCUCAGCAUCUUCGACAGUUACAUCCAGUGAAACAGAAGAUAAAAUCGUUGAAGACAAUAAAACUUCAGUUCAUGUCGAUCCCUGUAAUGAAGAGAGGGAAACACAAUCGACAGAAAAUUUAGCGCCCUCUAAAGUAAAGUUCAUAAAGCUUAGCACGAUCAAAGCUGAACACGACCAGAACUCCUUGGACACAGAACGCAACAGAGAUAAACAAUCAAAAAACUUCAGAAAAACAGCAAUCCAGGAAGGUGCUUCUCCUUUCGUCGGGGAUAGCAGCAAAUCUGAGUCAGGGGAGAGAAGAAUUGGGACAAGUCGAGAGUCAACAGAGGAAGGCCAAGAACAGAACAUAGAAAUCAAGGAGACUACUUGACAUUCGAUUGAUGAUUGAUUUUAACAAACAAUAUAUAAAUAAAUUGACCUGAUUCGUAUGGAAAUUCGGUUACCGGACUUAUUUCAUAUACACACGCAUAUUGUACACCCCCUCCUCUGGUGUUCCGUACCCCAAGGGAUCUUUAACCUUUUCUAAAUAAACUAUUUUUCUAUGACAUAUUCAAAAAGUAUUACAGUAAGAAAUCCAAAAUUUAAGCUAAAACUAGCCUUUUUGUGAAUGUGUCGUACAAAAAUAUUUUAUUUAAACAAGUUAAAUAGCCCUAGGAGUAUACUGA